CAUCACAUAUCCAUAUUGCUGUCAGCUGAUUGGUAAUAGAAAUACCAAAGAUGUGUUUGAGAUCAUUUAGAAAUGGUGCAUUACAUAGUUUUGGCACUAGAAAGUACUGACCUGUUUCUUUUUCAACUGUAAAACAUACGACCAGUACACCUCUAAAAAAUUAAUUUGACAGCAGACAUGGCGACCUAUCAUGGCAGAGGUGUUAGUGAAAACAAUAUCAAUGGCUCUGUUCUAUUAAAGUGUCUCGGUAAAGUUCACAUUACACAGAUGUCAAAGCUGCCAGAUCGUUGUUCUUUUCACACACUUAAGACUAGCGUUCAUCUUGUAUCCAAGAUGAACGCUCCAAACUACAUUAAGUCACAAACACAUGCAGGAAGUGACACGGGCGUAGUCAUGCUGGUUGAUGUUGUCGUCUGCCACUUGUUCCCAUAAUAGCCUGUUUCCACGCGUCUUUACGACUAACCUCUAUGUAGAUCAGCCACUGUGUUGUGUUUAUUUAUUUAUCAGUCUAGGUGCAACAACAACAACAACUGCAAAUGCAACAUAGAGCAGGUAGGACUUAUUGGCUGUAGAUGCCCCGACGUAUCCAGAUUUUUACACAUCUUGCAUCUUUCAAAGCUUUUGUCGGGAAGCUCCAAAACCUGUGAGUGAGGGGAAAUCCGGGCUGAAGUCAUGUAGUGGGAACCAAGCCUGAACCGGAAUAGUGUUCCAGUGAGCCAGCGUGCACAAUACCAGGACACUGAAACAGAAGCAGCCAAUUCAGCCAUAUAGGUCCAACUUAUAAAACAGAAAUGAAUUUACUAAUGACGCUAAGCUCUUUACUAGGUGGGAUGCACAGUGAAACUUUUAGGGUUUGCAGCAGCUGUUUCAGGGACUGUGCCAUUCUGAUUUUCUGCAUUUCCUUUUGGUUUAAAAAGUGACUCUUUUUUUUAUUUUUUAUAACUCCGUCCUUGUCGUCUUUCUGCAACAUCAAACUUCUUAACUUGAGCACACGUGCAGUAUUUUAGAGUCCCUCACCUUUUCAUUGUUUUUGGGUUCUGAAAAAGCCUGCAGAGCAGAUUAAAAUUGGAUGUAUUUAAUGGUAUUACAUAUAAGAGGAAUGGGAGCUGCAGGCACAUCAGUCACUAUGGACUGACUGAGCCUAAGAAGCCAUGCCAAGUUUACACACAUGCACACAUGCACACACGUAAUCCCUUUGAUUGUGUCCUAUUUCUCUGUCUCCAUCGCCUCAGGUUUUUGUGAAUGUGUCCUCGAGUGUGGGGGGAUGUUACAGUGAUGAAGCCCCAUGAGCCAAGAUGUGCACCAGACGAGAGGCGGCUCUGCUCCUUUAAUGCAGUUUUGUGUUUAGACUCUCUCCACUGUGAUUUUUCUGAAUUCCCUCAGUUUGGAGGUCAGCUGUGUGUUAUAGUAUAUCCAGGAUUAUCUGAAGUGUGGGCUGAAGUGUAGGAACACGGUGAAAAUAUAUUUAGAGGGGUUGCAUUCAAUGCAACUAAAAAUAGGAGUUGUGAACAAACUGCAAGCUGCAUUGUACAACAUCUGAUUCUGAGGGGAAUCUGAAUACUGUUUUUGAGGACAAAUGUCUUUAAAAAAUGGCAAAACCUGCUAAUGUCUAAUCUAUUUCUGGUUAAUCUCAGUAUGUAAGAAAGCGUUUGUCUGUAAUCUGUUCAUGUGAAAUUAUGUUUUUAUUUUCCAUUUUUAGCAAAACUGAAAAAAGUCAGACUACGUCAGCGUCACAUUUGGUAUUUCAUUUCUUAGUAUCACUUUUUUUCGACCACAUAGGAUCUUUUUAUGUCCUAAUUAUUUCACAUAGUACAUAUUAAACUCACUUUAGUGCCAGAGCAGUUCCAAGAUCAGUUUUAAUAGAGUAGGGGGGGUCUUAAAUCAGGAAACAGCCUCUUGAACCCGCCGAUGCUUCACAUAAUUAAUAUUUGAUUUAUUGUACUUCAAGUAGACUUUAUGGAUCCGUGAACUGCCACUGCAGCUUGUCACAUUAGCAAGUUCAAGGGUUUUAUUGCAACAUUUAUGUGUUAUGAUGGGAGCAGUGAUUGUGUUCAACUGAUGGAGCGCACUGUUUGUAUUUUACUGUUUGAUUUUUAGAGGAAGGGUCCCUGUAAAUCCGUUUUAAUGGUUGCACAUGACCUCUGUACAUAUAAAAGAAGUCCACUGAAGAUUGUGUCGUAUGACCCCCAUCAAAAAGUCUGAAGGGAUUUUUGUUUUGGAACGACUUGGACAGAAGAUGGUGUGACGGUUUGCAAAUGCCUGGCACAAGUUUAUUAAUACAGUUCACUUGUGUCUUUGACUUUAAGGUUUGCUUUUUGAGAGAUCAUAUAACUUUUUUUCUUAGCUAUCAAAUCAGUGACUCGCAUAGUUUUGACUAUAAGGCCGUUGGUUCUCAACCAAAAGUUCAGGCCCCCUCAAAUGGGCCAUCAAAUAUGGAGAUGAAAUGAGGAAAAAUAACUACUUCUGAAAUCUGUUCCAUUUCUUUCCUCUAGUUUUUGCUUCUUUUAUUCUUUUCCUUUUUAGACAUUGAAUAAUGGACUCUUUGGGCUUGGGACAGUUAAAACUAAGUGAAAUCCACCAGAGACACUUUGAUGGAAAAUAUCUUUGCUGAAACUCGUUGGCAUCUGAAAGGUGGCAAGUGACCUCAGCUUUACUGUAACUAGUAACUAUAGCUGUUAAAUAAAGAGUAAAAUGUUCAACACUUUCCUUUGAGUAGUUGUACAGUAUAUGGUAGUUUAAAAUGAAGAGUCUGAGUCUGAACAAUAAUAAUCGAAGUGCUACACAAUGCAGUAACGGGCCUAAAUGUUUUUUUCUUUUUUUAGACAUCCUCUUCAUAUUAUAUCAAAGUACUCUGCGGGACAAGGGUCAAAAGCAAUUAGAGGGGAAAGAAUAUCCAUAAUUCAGCUAUCUCAAGUGUGACGACGCCUCUACAGCAGGUUCCCUCUAAUGGCUCAAUAUUUCAUUAAGGAAAACUCCCUGUCAGAACUGACGUGAUGUAUGACGAUGUCGCUUUGCACCCCAACCUUGUCCCUCUUACACUCUCAUCCUCACUAAUGCCUUUUGCCUUCUCUCUCUCUUGCUCUCUGUAGUUUGACAAAGCAUAUGCCUACAGCGUCCGCCACAUGUUUGGCAAAGAAGGCAAGCGAACAGACUACACCCCCUACAGUUGCAUGAAGGUGAUUUUAUCAAACCCACCCAGCCAAGGCGACCAUCAUGGAUGUCCUUUCCGUCACAGUGACCCAGAACUGCUAAAGCAGAAGCUUCAGUUCUACAAAGUGUCUCCCAGUGGGAUCACUCAGAUCCUGGAGCUGGUUAAAGGGAUGCACUUUCAGCUGGCGUGCCAGAAGUACUUUGAGCUGACACACAAUAUUGAGGACACCACUUUUUCGCUUAAUCACCCCAACCAGUAUUUUAUAGAGAGUCAGAAAGUGUUGGGAGGAGGCAAGGACAUCAAGCGAGAGACGGACACUCCACAUAGGUCGCAGGAAAGUUCGGCCACCAGAGGAACCAGUGCAGCUGGAGAGUCGGCAGCAAACGCCUCCCAGGGUCUGGAGGAGAAGACGGAGGAACUGGAUUCCUUCUUUCAAGAUGCCUGAUUUAAAUUUUUCUAGAGGACGGAGGUUAGGAUUGGUACUUGUAUAACUUUAGCUGAAUCUUUACAAGCCACUGUACUGUAUGUUAAGAAUUAAAGUUGCUUUAUCAUUCA